AUAAUAUUCACGAAAUUUUGUAUACCAAAAAAUGCCGCCGAAUGAGAUCACGUGUCGAAACAUCGAGGUAAGUUUUAAAACUACCUUACAGACUGACUGGGAGUAAAAAAAUGUUACUCGCAUAGUUGAGCCUUGCAAUGAUACCAUCUGAGUCCAAAUAUUUAAGUUUUAGCAUUGUCCCCACUGCUAAAAUCCGAGUAAUAAAGCCGAGUCAAGAGAAUAUAACAGUUUAUAUUCCCUUGGCCAAGUAUAAGCUUUCCUAAAGAAAGGUAGGAUGGAAGAAAAUUAUCCCAUGAAUUGAAAAACAUAGUUUUACAUCAUGGUAACUUCCCACUCCUUAUCAAAUUUGAAUGCCUACCUUUAAUUUCUUUACACCCAUUACAAGAUUUCUUCAAGUAGAUAAGAUUUUUUUCUUCAAAGUAAUAAUCUCUGUCUGAGCCAUAGACCUCACGUUUUUCCUCAGUUUACUGAAAACGAAUCUAAGAAUUUUAUUCUCCUCUCUCGCUUUGUUGAAUUCAGUGUAAUAAAAAAUGACUGAUCAGUGUUAAAGGGGAACAAAGUUCCUUCCUCUAAUAUUUCAAUGAAUCCUUGUUUUCCUUGGUCACUAAUGAAUAAUUCGAAAUAGUACUUAGCAUAUUCAUGUUUUUUACCAACCAUUGUUUGGGUUUAAGGUUUUCAAUUGAGAUACAAGUAAUUUAAUUGGAGGAAAUUUACCAAUAAAUUACUUGCUAUAUGUAACCUAUUUACUAGAGAGAGAUCUAGCUGGAGCAUAACACAGGCGCAUGCUACAGUUUUUGUUAAACGUGCCCCCUUUCGUCAUACCUUGGAAGUUUCGACAUUAGCGGUCGGGGAAAACAUCUCUAAGAAAGUGAGUAACAGACUUCUGAGAAAAUUUUGAUCGACAAAUCCGACAAAGGCCUUUUUAUGAUGAUUUUUAAGUUAACUAAAAUGAUCUCUAAUACUUUCGGUUACUUUGUUCAACUGAAAGCAUAGAUGCUAAAGUUGCGAUUUUGAUUUAAAGCAGAGGACGUGUUGAUGAAAUAGAAUCCGAGGUCCAUAAUCUAUAGAUAUCUUUGUUAUUUCGAUAAUGCCAAUAACUAAAACAAAACAAGUCUCCUUUAAAAACACUUCAUUUUGAAUAUGCAAUCGGGUCGAACUCCGAAGUAGGCACAGAUCAUUGGGUUAAAUAACGAAAACAGUAAAUAUAAAAUUUAUGCGCCUAGAUAACAUCUUCUCAGUUGUAGUAUCGCAUCAGAAUAUUGCUUUCUCCAUCUAUUCAUUGAUUUUAUCAUCCAAUCAAACAUAGACUUGAGUACAUAUUACAACUAAAUCCUUUAUCCUAAAUCCUAAAGCCUUUUUCUUUCAUAUCUUUUCACAAACACAUCUUUCAUUUCACAUGAUGCAAUUGGGUUGAUAAAAGAGGAAAAUUUUCUUAAACCCCCGGUUAAAAAUUGCUUCUUAAAAUUUUUAAUUUCUUUUAUUUUCGUUCUCUUAAGAUCCUGAGAACCGAUAACACCAAUUUUUUUCCUUUAACUAUUAUCCGUCAACGUUGAAAACGAAAAAUCAGCUUCAUCCAUGCGACAUCAUGGACUUGAGUGGAUGCAACAAUCUUUAGUUUCUCGUUAAAAACGUCUUUAGAUUUACUUCCGUAAUAUCGAGUUUUCGAGGAACAGUGAAAGCAAUACCGGAAAUCUUCACGACAGAUGUAUACAAAGUAAGCGAGCUGAAAGUGAAAGUUACCAGAUUUUAGACAAAAGGUCCAUGAAAUGAUUCUGAAUGAAGAGCAGAUUUAAGCAAUAAAACAGCGUGCUUAUACUGGUAAAGUUUGAAAGAAUAAGUUUUAUAUCUUGAACAGUUACACGAAAGUAGAUUUUGCAAUUAGAGUGUUUCUGGACACUAAACACAUUUGUUUGGAACUGCAUCACUACAAACCAUCAGUUUUAUUUCUCCUUCUGUUGUUAUUGCUCGACAGGCAAGUACCAAAAUUUUCCAAGUCAAAGGCGAGAAGUGCUAGGUUCAAAUAGUGGAGUCUUGUUGUAUUUUGCAUAGCAACUAUAAUAAUUGUCGCCUGCUAGAGCUGUUUCACUUUAUCAAAUUUACUACCUCUGCGUGUUCUUAAUUGGCCGGACUUGGCCUCUCAUCUCUAAGGAAAAUCAUGUUCGGAAUCAAAUAUGUAGAGCAUUAGGGUUAGGAUAUUUUAUGGAUUUAGGAAGUUUGACCUCUUCAAGGUCAAUAAACAAUGUAAUAACUUGAAGUCGCUCUUAGACAGCCACAGAAUCUAGAAAGUGGUGGAAUCGAGUACUCAGACUUGACUUGAUUUCACUGAUUUCAUUUCGGCAACCGAUUUUAAUUUUACGCUGAUUACUGAACAGAUGCAAAUAUGGCCGAUGAAUCAGACAAGUUUGCCGUCAGCCAGUUCAAUUAGUAUACUAUAAAACCCCUAAGGCCCUCGUUCUUUGAUUAAUUUCUUGUACAGGUUUAAUUCCAACACGGACAUGUCUCGAUGAUACCUUAAAACUGUGAUUUAUUUGACUAAAAAAUGAAUAAAAACUAGUUGGUCUCAAUCCACUGCUUGUAGAGAGAGAGACGGUCAUAGAUGGCCGUCAAAAUAUUACCAGCGAGGUCGGGAGAGGCAGUAAAAUCAAGUCUUUAGACACAUUAUGAAUUCAAAAUCUGGUCACGAAAUCGCUGAGAUUCAGAUGAAGGAAGCUCGCCUCGAUGCCUUAAACGAUUGUCUUGAGGUGACUUUGCCGCAGCAGACUUUAGGCUCAACAUUCUGAUCGUUAUCAUCAGUCAUACAAUCAUGAAUCGAUCGAUGAACAAAUGAAUAUGGAUCUGACUCUUGGCGAUUUUAGGCUAUUUAUUUCGUGAUAAAAUAAGUCACUCGGGGCUGCCAGAUGAGAUCAUUGAUAUCAAGGGAGUUCCUCACCAGAGGAAAAUCAUCUGCUGCUAAAUCACGAGGUUGUUCUCUAAGAGUGGCCGUUUUUCCGCCAAUAUCGCCCAAGGCAGAUAUGAUCGGUAGCCUUCAAAUUAAUCUUGGUUUACACCGAUCCUACAUUCUAAAUGGACGAUGGAUUAAUGUUUUCUUUAUCAGGAAGGCGUCAGAGUAUUUUAAAGAUUUGGUGUCGUGGAAAUGUGAAUUACUCUUGGAGAGGAGCUCAACAACUCAGUACCUUUGGUGAAAUUGAACGUGAUACAACUGUUGAACAAUACAGGUGAGGAAUUUUCUUUUUUUUCAUUUUGUUAAAAAACUUCUCCCUCAAAGUGCUCUCGUUUGAGCAUAAGACGGGAAUUUAGCUAGCAUUUAAUUUUUUUUUUCCGUAAAUGAAAUAAAUGAAAUGAAAUAAAUGAAAUGCUUGUUGUGAGUAAUGACUGAAGAGUGAAGCUGUCAAUUAGUCGCUUUAGGCUGUUUUAGUUCAGAUUUUGAGUAAGUACUUCACUGAGCAUCUGGAACCCCUCCAUCCUUAGCAUUCAAGCAGGUGUAAUUGCCGAUUGGGAGAAUUAAGAGAAGUAAAAGGUUUUACCGAAGUUUUGAAGACAUCGCCACUUUCUCCAACAACUGAUAACAACCGGUUAUCGUUGAAAGUUUAGAUUUAGAAAUAUAUCUAAGUCAUCCGUUGAUAUCGACCUCUUGCAAAGAAAUAUAUCAAGGAUAUUGGAGCUGAGGAGAGUUUUUAAGUCAGAAAUAUAAUGCUUGAUCAAGCUAUCUGCUACAGAUCUUCUUGGAGAGUCGCUGCUUCUCAUAGCAACAAAAAAAACGUAUUUUCUUUCGUCUCCUUCGGGAAGACUAAUUCAAAUGAAAAAUCGAUGAAAGCAGGUCACCGGCCUAACCUAGACUUUCAUCGGUAGAUUCUAUAAAAAUAAUGGGUUGGUAACAUAUGGCUCAACUCCAAUAUACCAUAUCUACGAAUAUCAUGUUUUACUCCAACAAAAUUUCCGCUCUCGAUUUCCUUUCAACAAAAGUAGACGAGCUGUUGUCAAAGAUGCCGCCACUUAUGAUAGCGACUUUGAUGUUUAGAGCGCGCCUCGAGCUUCAGGUGACAUUUCCUGUUCAGUUAAAAAUCGCCACAGGAUAAUGGAUUUUAAGCUGUCUCUCUGCUUUUCGUGCUCUUAUUGUUUAUUGAUAGUGUUUGCUUCAUGUUAUGUGAGGUCAACCUUGAUAACAAAUUAUAAGGACAUCUUGGUCUCAUGGAACUUUACAGAAAUCCUUUAAAAAUUGGAUGAUAACGAGAUAGAGGCAGUUUUUUGAGGAUUUCAAAAGCAGUUUACUGACAACCUGAAACUUUGCACCUGAAGAAGCAGCGUUUUGGGGAAUUGAAGUACUGCACUUUUCGAGCGACGAAGUCAAAUCAAAGUCGAAGUAACCACAGCGUCCAAUCAGAACAUAAGUAGCUAUUAAGAGGAAUCGAUGAGAGCUAAAGUCCUCAAGCACAGGUAAAGGGAGGUGAUUAAAUUGUAAUUGGCCAAGAUUGUGUCGUGGGUCUGAUUGGUUGAAACAGCCAAAGUUUUUUAGAUCAAUCAUAAAUCGAAAUAAGAGAACACAAAUGGAAUCCAGGCUUAUACAUUGCACUCCAUAGGAAAUUGCCUUAAGGUGCUUGAUCAGAUUGCCCCGAGAGCUCGGUUUGCAUAUCUGCAUUGAAUUCAUGCAAAAGUAAGAGUAAGUUUUUUUUCUCAGUGGUCAAGUUUUUAAGUGAAUGGCGCUAAAAAAAUCAGCAAUUGGGAGAGCAUUCUUGAGCACUCAGAAUAAAAAGGGAGUCUGGUCAAAGGUGGCUCAAAGCCAUAAAACUCCAGGGUUUGCAUAAAUUUUGGGAAAUGGAGCCAAACGUUUCCCUUUUGUGUUCAUGGUAAUUGGUCCUCUUUGCCACGUUUCAUACUGAAAGUUCUUUUGAACUCUGAAUGUGCCUUUGGAGCAAAAGAGGAUAAUAAUCAUAAAAAUAAAGAAUAAAAAAAUAAAUCGUCACCUUUUUGGAAAGAAAAUUAAAUUUCAAGUUCUAAACAUCACCUUUUAUCUGUAAUCACCGAUACAUUUGUGGUGACUAUGACUGUUACGCAAAUUUUAAUGAGAGAAUUCUUCGAUGCAUAGAAACAGAAGCAUGUAACCUCUGAGUUUUGUAAUUUGUGCCAGUCUAUUGGUUGUCUACCAUUGUCCAAGAGAACCAUGUUUUGGCGAGUGUUUUUUAAUAUUUGUCUAUUACUUCAGGAACUUGAACAAAAAUAUACGACGUGCCUUAGUAAUAAUUUGUUUUUUUUAUUAUUUCGAGGUCUUCAAGUUAUAUUCGGCAGCCCCUAAAAUCUCAAAUAAAACGCAAUCAUAAUUUGGGAAAUUCAACGUGUUGUUUUUCACAGCAUGUCAUCGAGAUGUGCAUAUCAUCCUUUCCGAAGUUUAAUCUAACGUGGCAUAACUGGGGAAACUGUCCACCUAGCCUCUUAGACAAAAAAUGGCUGAAAGAAGGCGGUAAGCGUCGUUCAUUUGUACUGAUGGGACCCCAUAUGAGUUUAAAAUACUCUUAGGAACUUGAUGUGAUUUUGGUCCUUUAGCCUUGCAGAUAAACGUUCAAAUGCAUACUUUUCCACGAGGUUUUGUCAAGUUGACAAAAGGUUUAGGCUGACGAGUUGGUAAAUAUUACAUUUGCAUCUAUGAGAGUCUGGUAUUCAAUUGAGUCCCAUCUUUAAGCCUUACGUGCAGAAAUUAGUAGCUACAUUAUUCACAAAUUCAAAGUUGUUUGUUUAUCCUGAAAACUAAUAUUAGACACACAAUGAAUUCUAUCGUCGAUCUAUCUUAUAUCAUUCGGGUGUUCCACAUACAGAUGCAGGACUAUCGCAAAGUUUGGCAGGUAAAUGAUGUCCAAGUAGCUCAAAAGCUGGAUAUAGGAAUCUUUUGGGGGGGCUUCUGAGUUCCACACCAAGACAACAGGGUUGGUUUUCUUUAUAUUUUGUGACUUCUUUAACCACGCCCGUGACAGUUACUUUUAAAACAUAUCUUUGUCUUUGAUAACCGAACUCAAAAUGUUCACUAGCUUUCGUAUCAGCUUCUUUCGUACAAGUGCUUUUCGACAUUAUUAAUCCUGAGUAUGUAGGAAGCUUGUCACAUAAUGGACCUUUGAUGAGUCAAACUUGCCGACGAGUUCUGUCGUAACAUAGGACUAUGAUUGAUACUGACUGAGGGUCGAAUCCUUACGACGAUUGUUUCUUCUCCCGAUCUGGUGACAAAUAGUUAAUGUAUUUCCGUAUAUAGAUUGUCAACGGUGCUUUUGCAAGCUAGGAAGCUUAUUUCUAUGAAUGACACUGAAUGUUUUUAAAUCGCACGUAAACAUUCACAGCAUACGUGCAUUUGAGCUUCGCCAUCAAGAUACAGGCUAGGUAGAUUUAACAAUUACCUGAUCCAAAAACAUUGAAAAAAGAACGAUCGAGAAAAUAACGAUCUAUUCGACGGCCCUCUGGCUGCAGGGCACUCCAGUUCAACCAUUAUUAUUCUCAAUGAUCAACCAAUGGAUACAUUUAUUUCAGUGAAUCUUUAUAUAAAAAUAUUACUGUUGCUUUGUCUAGUCAGUGAAUAUACUUCAGUAAUGUUUUUGUGAAGAGGGUCAUUUGUUUUUAUCUAUUUGAAGAACUUGUAGCUUUGCCUCUUCCCGUUGGGCAAUGAUUUUAAGGUUUGAAGGAGAUGCAGUAUUAGAUCCACGGUAAGAUUAUCAUCUCCAAGUGAAAAUCAAUCAAAAAGCUUUUAACUCUGAAAGAAAUUUGAUUCAUUCGAUAAGUGCUGAUGCCAAUACAGCCAAUAGUCUCCUGAUGCAAAUAAAAAUUAACAAUGUUAACGUGAAUGACACAGAAGAAAAACGAGAACGCAUUAUCUGAUCACUUUCCAACUGAAAUAAAUUUAAAACAUGGCGGAGACGAAUUUAAGUGCAGACUCUUUUAAAUCAUGUUUGGUCUUGCAUUAGCAGUGUUUGAACGGGUUCUGAACCAACAUGAAUAAAGCGCAAGAUAAGGUAAAUAUUAUUUCCUUUUAAUACGUGUGUGUUUACUCAGCAGUUAUUAAAGCGUACUUGUGUAUACGUUCAGGCAGUCGGAAGACUACUCAUUUGUAAAACUAGUUUCUCUUGCUAGCACGCAUGCGCAAUCAAAAUGAAGGUACGCCUCAAAUUGAAGCUUAAAUCAAUAGAUCGCACCGGCGCCAAACACAAAUUAUGUGGGUUUUUCAUAGUUACAAAUUCAAGGUUCAAGAUUAUCCCCAAAUAUCUUUCUUUCUUUGUUCCUUUCUGCUCUUUGAUUUAUGACCUGAAUGAAACAAAUGAUAAAACUCGGCUUUCCCAAGUUCAACAUUGCCCUCGUUGUCUCGACCCUCUUGACAUAAGUUACUCAAUUUUCAAUUGAAUUUUGUCAAUAUGGAAAUCUGGGAUUGAAUUUAGCUACCGCAAACAAAUAACGGCUCAUAUGAUGCUGUUUAGAGUCUCGCACAUUUCUUUGCAAUACCACCCUGGGUUGCCUCGUAGUUUUAAAGUGAUGUCGAAAAGUGGUGGUACAACGUGCAAUGAAGUAUUCGCAAGUGUCCUACAAACCUCCAUCCGAGGCAAAAACGUGUUUCGAAGUAUCCUGCGUCGUUGAUAUUCAUGUUGAUUGACCGUGUUAAUAUUGACUAGGAUUUACUCUUUAAUGCUUGUUAACGCCACAAAUGAAAGUAAUUCUUGAUCUCGCACGCGGAGUGCAGCCCGCAGAAUAUUGUCGCGACAAGCUUAAAUGAAGUGUUGACAUUUAUUUUGAUCUAUUUUCAACGUAAACCUCUUCCCUCAAAAGUAAUCCGAUCUAACCACUCUAAUCAAUUUAACUUUAAAUACUUUAGUGGCAGAUAUACGAAUUUCCUAUCUUGCACUCGUCAAAAAAACGUACUUCAUUACAAUUUUUGACGAAAAGUUCAAAUUACAUCCGGCCUUCUCUCGGUUUCUGGGCGAGAUCACAUGGAAACUGUCUUUUGAUUCUUUUCCCCGAGUACACAAAAGGAAGAACUUUGUCAACCUCAUUACAGGACUGUUUACUUUGGUGUAAUUAUCGACUUUCGGCUCUUUUCCAUGGAAAAAAAUUAGGCCAAUAGGGUAAAUAAGGAAGACAAACACUAAACAGAUUGAUCGCUUUAAGAACCUGCUAACACAAAAGCUUUCAAAAUGAUUUCUAGUCAGUGUUUGCGGAUCAUUUUGUUUCAUGAAAGCAGCUGUAAUUUUCCGGUGAUGUUUUUAAUGGAAACCCUAUCAGGAAAACCCGAGAAACGUAACUAGCAACGAAUUAUUUUUCAGCAAAGGGUGAGUCGUUUUAGAACAGAGCUUGUGUUCGUUUUGAUUCCUAGGGAUACCAACAUGAUUCAUGAAGUUGACCUUUAAAUGCACCUAUUUGGUCCAAAGCGACUUAACUAUUUGUUUUCCUUCAAAUGAAAACUAGCAUUUAUCCCAUUAUGUAACAUGACCGGAAAAAUUACUUUGAGUUUAAUUAGCGCAGGUUUUGUGUUGCUGCCAGUAACCGUAGAAGACUGUGGCUAAUAGUUUUUAGACCUUUGUAAAUUAAAAAAACAUCUUUGUGUUUCAGAAACGGAAGGUUUGGAUUACAUAGGAGAAAAGAGAGUUAAGCCCGCAAGCUUAAUCUUCGCAGAUAAAACGCUCUUAAUAAAAUACGGGCAGAAACCAAAUUUUAUCGGAAAAUUUCUGAUAAGUGACAAGGAACGACAUCCAUUAUGCUUCUUGGGUGGUUGUUGUUGCUCAGGACAGGCUUUUCAACUUAUAACUACAUUGAAUAUCAGCAACUCAACAGGAAGAUUCCAACUACUAUAAAAAUGAUCUGAAUUCGUUGAAAUGUAAUAUUUGUUAUUAGACUCAAGACUGGAUUACAAAUGAUUGAAAACCAAAAGAAGAAAUUUGUUAAAUAUUCAUGCUCUUGACACUUAUAGACAUAUUAUAGACAAGAGAAUCCAUUUUAAUUAUUGUGAACACACUAACCUGAUGCAGUCAAAACAGAACAGAGCAUCACUGAACAACUAUGGGAGGAAACCACAUUGACUCGCAGAAAAAAGUAAGCAAGGGCUUGUAGAACUGGGUGAGUCACUAAAAUGACAGUUGUUUAUGUUGGUCAAGGCCCACAUGAAAAUUAACCAGAAUCAAAAAUGAUUGCGAUUUCCUUUUUCCGCUUUGAAUCCGUCUUGGCGCCAAAGCGAAAGGCAUUUUGAAGAGGAAACUGAUCGAGUGAAAUUGAUCAGCCCAACUAGAAAUGAACGACAUGAAACAAUAUAUCGAUAGCUAAAUACGCUGUAAUUUCUCCGUAAACACUCUCCAAUGUAACUUAUCUUUAUUCAUGUUUAUCUUACUCCAAGUACAUGCCACAAAAACGGUAUUUUUCAGCGGGUUUCACAUAUUUCAUAAAAAAUAAAACACGAAAUGCAUGUAUGCAAACCGCAGCGGUAAAAACAAUCCUGAGUGUUGAGUAGAUUACUUUUAACUGUCUCCUCUGGUUAAGAACCACUAAAUGUGCAGUGAUAUUCGCUAGAUCAUAUUAUUCCACUUACAAUUUUGUCGUUAUUACCUUCAUGACGUUGUCACUCGAGGACAAUACCGAAAUUUAACGAGCCGAACUUUUCACUCUCUUAGAGCCACUUAAGUUCAAUAGCCGCGGGCCCUCAACAUGUUCAUUAUUGAUGAAGAUCUUGAAUGAAACCAUUUACGUUUGCCAUAAAAAUCAUAGUCAAUUCGCUCUUGAAAUAGAACGUCAACAAAUGACUAGUAGAAAAUACCGCCCUGAAAAAAUUACAUGACAAUAAUCUCCUCUAGAUUAUGAAUGUAGAGGAGAUUUGCAUAAUGACGAGAAUAUAUGAUCCUGCUAAAAUUACGUUUUGUUUACUUCUAGAAAGCACCUUAGAAAUAUUAGAUCGAUAAGGUGAUUGCAACUGAACAUUGUCGAAUGAUGACACUUUUUCAAUUUAUCAAUUUUAUAGAAAUAUGAUAAAGCACCCCAAUUCAUAGGUAUCAAUCAAGGCAUUUUCAGAGACAAUAUGCGAAAUCUCCUCAGUUUUGAUAUUGAUUCUCGUCUGGGUAGUAACUGUGUAGAACAUUUUCUAAACGCGGGAGACACCUAAAGAAUUAAUAACAUUCAGAUGUUUUGUAGUGAUGAUUAGUGUCGACAAGUCAAGACAAGUUUAUAAAGAGCGUAACUGAUAUUCCUAGGGCAUUCCAAUUUCCAGCGCGUUUUUACAUUUAUUAUUGAACAUCUCGAAUCUUUUUUCAAGCUGAGUAAUUAGUCACCUGCUCUCGAAUGGCAGGACAUGCCGGAAAAUGGAAAUCGUGAUGAUAAUUAAACAUUCGAGCUGUCACUCACUUCCAGUCCAAGGAAACUGAAACUGAAGAAGCAUUUGCUUUCAUUUAUUUGAAAAUCUACAACAAUGGCAAAACAAAACCGUAAGCAACGCACUGGGAAAACAGGUUUUUAGUAAAUCUUAGUUCUUGUUGUUAUUAUAAAUAAGUUUUCUUUUUUAUUUUAUUCACAGUUUUUCAUCAGAGUUGUUAAAAAUAAAUGGAGCCCUGACUUUUCGAAGAAAUACGAAGGGCUGAAUUAAGAUAAUAUUUUUGGGGUUCCUUGAAUGUGCAUCGACCUGAAUAUUAAAAAUAAGGUUAGCAACAUAAACCACGAAAUGGAGAGAAGUGCAACAUUUUAAGAAAGCGUUUAUUUUACAAACGUACCAGCCCAUUGUGGGAUCGAGGUAGCUUGAUCUAUUUAACCACCAAUCAGAUUCAAAUUUUUUUCUGUGAGAUAGACUGCAGUGUCUCCGUUAUUAAAGACUUCGUCAUACUUUUCAGUAUCUAAUGAAAUUGCUGCAAUUAUUGUAAUUUUUUUGUUGUUAACGACUGGAAUCUUAGACUAUUCCUGCUCUAUUGAAUUACAAAUAUUUGCUGACGGUUAAGCGUUUGCAGUACAAUAGAUGGCUCGUUCCUAGUAAACACGCAACUUAAGCGGAGAAAUCUCAUCCAAGUUUCAACAUUUAACGUAAAUAUGUCCUAGAUUUGACCGUGAAUUGAAAAUGUGUCAAACAUGAACAAAAAAGCUGGUCAGGUAAAACAUAUUAUCAUCUAAUCGACGAUGUUGACAAUUCAUUAUUAAAAGGAAGGACUAAAAUAUGGAACUUGUAUACUGCUACCGGCAGGCUUUGCUGUUGGAUUCAUGAAAUGGAAGAUUCGUUCAGUCCAUGGUGAAUUUAAGGAGGAUCUGAGUAGACCUUUUUUCUCUUUUUUUUAAGGUUUGCAAUUGUAAAAACCUCAGUGGUGUGCGGUAAAUAGGGCGCUGUAAUUGAGUAAGUUAUUAGAUAUCCCGUGGAUAAUAUGGCGUUUGGACGCUUUCAGAAGCGAGUGAUUUCCUGGGUUGUUCCAGUAGAUUUGAAAAAUUACUCUGCAGUCGAUGCGGAAGGAAAUGAGGCUAUUUCCCUUUGUUUUAAAAUGUUUAUCUUUAACGAGAAAGACAACCAUUUAGACCGUUAACAGAAGUCUGCAAUGCUGUUUAGAAAGAAAAUUCGCGUCCGAGUAAGCGCAUGUAUCUUUUAUCUUUGACACUUGUUUAUGAUUUGUGGAGAGCGACAUGAGAAGCUCUUUAUGAUUCAUUAUAGAUUCCUAGCUUUAUUGCCCUUAGACGCCGCAAUUUACAGUUGAUGCAAAUUCGUGACCUACAGAAGACUUUAGAAUGACGAAUGAAAAAAGUAACAUUAUGAAAUCAUUUUACAAUGUUUGAUGUUUGUUGAUUGAAUCAAAUGCCGAAAAAAAAAAUCGAUUAAGUCCGUUCAUCCUGCCAACGGGGUUGUGAAGUUCUAGAACUGAAGAAAAAGACUCCAGGUAUCUUUGUUCUUUCUUUUAAACUAGACAUUGAAAUAUCAAUAUGACGUCAAAUUGCAGUAUCAGAAGAAUUAUGGCAAAAAAGAUAAAUCAAACAGGAUGAAAUACUCUUUUGAAAAGAGGUAACCAAAUUAUAGACACAAAAAAACAGUUCUGUCAUGGAAAAAGUAUUUAAAUACGGAGAGACCCUUGAAGAUUAUUGGCAGUGUCGAGUAAGUAUUUGAAAUGGCACAGUUUGAAAAGCGUUUAACUUUCGCAAGUGAUUUCAUUCAAGCAAUAUUAGUUCCAAAAAAGCUCGUUUUUUUUCAUGGUCAGUCAGUUCUUUUGUUUAUAUAAUUUAACAACGUAUUUCAAAACAACGAAUCUUUUGCACAUUCCCCACAGCUCUAUUACCGAAUUCGGACUGGGAAAACAUCUUAUUAUAGCUUUUAGAAAGAAAAAAUGAUUCAUCCCUUAAAAGGCGAAUAAUAAGUUCGAAACUGAAUGAUGUUAUCAUUUCUUAAUUGACAUCAGUCAAACUUAAUCCUGAUGGAAGGCUCAUCGCUUACCCGCUGGGUUCAAGGCGUUUGAAAAGCUUCACCUUCCAGUAAACAUUCUUAGACGCAGUAAAAAGUAAAUUUCUAUUGGUCUAUGAACAGAGCACUGAAUGUUUUGCAAGCAUAAGUCCUUUAAAAGACUUGUUUGAAAAACAUUAUACAGCAGUACUACAGUGGACAAGUUACUUUACACUGGAAUACUGUAAGUAGAGUUUCGCGGAGACUCGUCAAAUUGAAUCUAGUAACAAAAGUGUCUGUAUACCGAUUGCCAACGCAAAGUUUCAUAUCGUUGGAAGGUCGCCACAUGUUUAUGGAAUUAGCUCCCAUGAUGUUUUAGAAUUAAUGAAACCGCAAAACUGUAAACCUAGAGUUGUAUCGGGCCGACUCUGAUCCCUACAGUUCAGCUGGUAUUUCAAGGUUCUUAAGCUGAUGAUUUCGGCUUUAAAUACGUUUUAAGUCUUGAAAUUAUUUGCAGGGUUAAAUGUUAAGCUUCUCGAAAGUAUGUUACAAACAUCUUUCGUGGAAUAUUCAAAUAGAUAAGAAUCCCUAAAGGAAGUGAGGCUUAGUACAGAACUUCAUCUUGCUGUUUGGGAAAAGAUAUCCGAUCAGUUUUUAAUGAAGCUUGAAGCCAUUCACCAAAUUUAGGCACAUAGAGAAAUAUAUUUUUUUCGGCUCAGUGAUUACUAGACCCUUGUGUGGACACAAGCCAAGAUUGCUUCCUUUCAAGAGCGUAACACAGCAAUACAAAAUAAACAUUUGUUACUUAUUAUUGAGUCUGUUGAGGUCACCCAUACAUAAAUUCACUUACUAUGAGGGGCUAUACAUUACAAAACUUGAAUAAAAGCCUUUUUUGACGCUGAAAAAAACCAUUUUCAACGUUAAGAUUUCCUGAUUGGCGGCUGGGACGGGAGUGUUUUUUAUGAUCCAAGAGCGAAAGCUUCUCGACAGGAAAUUCUUAUUAAAUAGAAGCUCAUAUUUUUGCCAAUGGCAAAAGCAUCUGCUUUGUUGGUCAUUGAUCAGGUGCCGUCUCAGAUCAUACUCCAUCACACGUCAGCAAGAGAAAGUUAAACUUGUACCCCACAAGAAGUGUGGAAACGAUUAUGAAACGUGCCAAAUCUGCAUUUCAUUUUUUGCGGAAGGUAAUUGAAUCCGUUUUAGCGCGUGAAAGUCUCCCAGAUAAAGCGACCUCAUUAAAAAAACAAAAAACAAAAAACAAGGAAAAGACGAUACGUUCUAAAAAUAAUGACUGAGAUAACAAGCGGUGAUAUUCCCAGAAUAACGACAACAAAGCUAAAAUAUUUGAAGAAAAACAAACUCUCUCUCUCUAAAAGUAGGUCAAUUUCAGUGUACACAAUAUAUCAGUAACGGUUUGAAUCAAACACCAUAUAGGCACCACCGAGGCUUGUUCUCGAGGCGGCGGUAAUUUAAGCAAAUUCUAAGUAAUAAGCAACAUUACUCCAUAUUAAAUUUCAAGUUAUCACAUUUUGCUUCCCAUAUCAGAAUUUUUAUUGAAAAGGAAAAGAAAAGAACAUCAAUAUUGUUGUGUAAAAGAAUAAUAACAGACAAUUUCCCUCAGGCAAAGAUCGUUUUGAGGUUUUUCAAGAAAUUUUCUUGUCACUACUCGAUCUAUUUUUCUCGUCCAAGUAACCAUUGUUCAAUCUUUACUUAAUUUUUACCAAACCCUCCGCUUAUGAGGCAGGAUGUGUACUUUGUCCUAUAAUGCUGACCUAAUAAUGCAACAUGUUCAUCGUUCGUUCUUCAUCAAAUAGAACUCGAAAAUCGAAAACCAAUUAGUGGCACAUCCUUAAGAAUUCCAGGAGUCUAAAAUAAUUGAAAUUUAUAUGCUGUUUACUUCAACAAAGAAAAGUUUCAGGUAAAAACAAAGGAGGCAUUUAAAGAAAAAAGGCCAUUUAAUAAUGAUCUGAUAUGUUUAGUUAUGAGUCCAUUAUUCUUAACAGUGUCUCGGAGAGUCACGUCAAAAUCAAAUUGUCAAAUGAAGUGUUUUUAAACUGAGUCAAACCCGAUUAAAAGACUCUUGAUUUCCAGAGUUUUGUUUGCAUAGCUGUAAUAAAAAAAUCUUUCUUUGACAGUGAAAUCAUUGUCUACCGGUCGGUACUUCACUCUGCGAAGUUCAAACGGUUACAAGCUGACCGCUUUCACUAUAUCAGUUAUAAAAACUAUCCAUUUGUUUUUACAGGUAAUAGCCGGACUCAGACGAUUAAAUAUAUCUAUCUAACCUUUAUAAAGUGUAAGAUAAAUAAACGCAGCCUCGAAUGUUGAUUAGUAGUAGACAACAUACUCUUGAAGGGUAAUAAAUAAUGCACCCAUUCAAUCUUGAGAUCUAUGAUCAAUCUUGUGUUUCAAGUUGAAGGCGGCUUUAAUUAAGUUGCUCUUUAAUAGCUCAUUAUUUGCGCAAAUCUGUUUGUUAAUAGAUUCCAUUCACAAGGACGCGAUAACAUUAUUUCUUUCAGAUUUAGCCAGAUGACCUAGUGUUGUGAUUUCCGAUAGCGGUGCAAGUGCUGACGGCUGGGCAUUACUGAUUUACAUGCUUCAAAUAACUCGACACAUAAAACCUAAAGAGGAACCAGGAGCAUCAACAAAUUAUCCACCUCACAAUAGCUUACAGAACGACGGCUCCUUCUGAAAGACUUUGUUCCUGAAUACAGGCUUCGACUUACGCUAUAUCCUGGAAAAAGAAACUGCUACUGGAUGUAACUGAGAACAAAAGUUCUCAGUGGUGAACUGUUGUGUAGUUUAAACGGUUUUCAAGUAGGUUUGACUGAUUUUUGACUGUCGACACCUUGCUCUGUUAAAAUCAUGUCCAACAGCACUAUUCAACCUACAGCCAGUGAAGUGGAACUAGAGGAUAAAGUGAAACCGGCCUUCUACGCGGUAGCCUUUGUACUGGGACUUUUGGGCAACUUUUUAGUGAUUAUCAUCGUAGUAGCCAGACGAAAUCGUCGAACAGCAAAUGACAUAUUUAUCCUGAACCUGGCCAUAAGUGACCUAGUAUACCUGUUUGUCUGCCUUCCAACAAACGUCUAUAUGAUGUUUGCAGACAUUCAGUAUGACCUGUACUGCCGUUUAAUUUGGCCUUUAAUGACUGUCACUGUCAAUCUCAGCAUCUUCACUCUCACAUCCAUGGCUGUUUUUCGAUGUUAUGUCAUUCUGUACCCUUUUAAGGCCGAGAUGCGUCAUCGCUACGUUCUUCUUUGGAUCGUGGGAAUUUGGUUUCUUGGACUCCUUCUUGUGCUCCCGUUACUACUCGUGACAAAACCGAAGCUGGCGGAGCCACAAGGGUGUACAGAGGUUUGGCCUUCCCCUCAGUACAGGCAGGCCUACACAGCCAGCCUUUUCGUACUUCAGUUCAUGCUGCCACUGACCAUUAUUGCUGUUGCAUAUGUUCGUAUCGGCCUCGAUCUGGUGCGUCAAGGUAGACACCAGGUUCCUCAUCACGCGGCACAUCAAGAAAGAAGAAGAGAGAAUAUGCAAGUGAUUAAAACAUUAGCAACAAUCGUGAUCUUAUUUGCUAUUUGUAUGCUGCCUGCUCAGCUUGCCUGGCUUCUUCACGACUUUGCUUAUGAAGAUAACAAAAGCUUGGUAGGUUUCCUGUUCAGCUUCUCUCCCUCACUACUCUAUUUCCACAGCUGUUUGAAUCCAAUUGCUUAUGGCACGCUCACUAAGCACUACCGGCGUGGUUUCAUCCGAUUUUUCUCUUACGUUUUCUGCUGCGGCUUCAUAAGCUUACUCAGAAGGAACUCAGCUACAAGUCACUUGGGCUUAAACAAGAUGUGUGCAACUUGGGGAAAGAGAAAGACGGACAGUAGCAGCAGUAGUGAGUUUUGCCAACGAAACAAUAACACGGAGGUAGCUUUACUACAGGAGGAACUAUUAAAAGAUAAUGGACCAGAAAAUGUUUCGCAAGGAAAACUGGAAAAAGAAACAGUUGUUUAAGUCAAACAUGCACAUUUACCUUACGAAGUAUAACACAGAUUAAAAUAUCGCAGUAAAAUUCCAAAAUAUCCCUAAACAUAUGAUUGCAAAGACAUUUACUGAGUAUAUUUUUGUUAAAAAAAGAAAGGGAGCAGUGCUCAUGAAUGGAAGGAAUCUUACUUGUAAAAUAGAAAGAGUUUCAUCUUUUUAAAUCAGAGAUUUCAGUGGUCUAGUCUACGCCAACAUUGUUCAGGAAGUUCUUGCCUUUAGCUAUGUAGAAUAUCUGUACCUGUACUUAUUGAUCAUUUCCUUUAUUCUCGUGACCUCAAUGUGUGUUUGGGGGGUAAUAUUGUAAGGAGAAAUUAGAUGCUAGUCACUUUUAAUGGUCAAAGGGAUGAAUAGAGCGAUUUGGGUAAAGGGUUGCAAAAAAAUGUUACCUCAAUACACAGAUUAAUGCAAGUGCUUUUAAGAAUCUACCGAAACCCUCUAAAGUAGAGCGAUGUACUAGGUACGCAAUUCAAGAAUAGUAGGGCCCUUAAACCGAAUAAAACUGAUAACCCGCUGAGAGCUACUUUUCAUACAGUUGGACCUGUAUUAAGCGGUGGUACAAGAGGGGUGACCGCUUAAAACAGGUUGACCGCUUAAUACGGGCCUCACAAAUAAGGGUACAAUAGAAAGCGUGAAAAAAACGUUGUAUGUCAUAAUUAACCACAUAAUGUACAAAAACUCGCUCAAAAUUACUACUUACAUUAAUUUCGGGAGAUAAACAUGGAUUAAAUUUUACUCAUAAAUUAUCCUUCGUUUCAUUUGAAAUAGUUCCGCUUUAAGUGAUUGUUUAAUAAAAGUGAAAAAUAAUAC